AUGCAUAAUUUGUUGCUAUUGUAUGAACUGUGCCUCUUCUACUGCAGUCCCGCCACUGUUUUCCUGGACCAGCAAGGCGGCUUCAUCGGCUCGCGCUACAAGAAGGUGGUCUACCGCCAGUUCACCAACGACAAGUUCGCCAAGCAGGUGGAGAGAGGCGCGGACAUGGAACACCUCGGCGUCAUGGGUCCGAUGAUCCACGCUGACGUGGGAGACAAAGUGAAAGUGGUUUUCAAGAACACGGCCUCCAGACCGUACUCCAUCCACGCCCACGGAGUCAAGACUGAAAGCCCCAAUGUUUACCACACCAAACCAGGUGAGACUCACAUCUAUGAGUGGUAUGUCACUAAGACUACAGGACCUACCACUGAGCAGGAGGAGUGCUCCGUGUCAGCAUACUACUCCACGGUGGAUGUUGCCAAGGAUCUGUACAGUGGUCUUAUCGGUCCCUUGGUCAUCUGUCGCCGUAGCUGGGGCAGGACUUUGGGCCUGAAGAAGGAAAUUGAAGAGUUUGCGCUGCUGUUCCUGGUCUUUGAUGAGAAUGAAAGCUGGUAUUUGGACGACAACAUCAGGACUCACAUCAGGAACCCACGACAGAACUUGAAGGAUGACGAAACCUUUAUAGAAAGCAACAAAAUGCAUGCCAUUAAUGGUUUGGUGUAUGCCAACCUCAACGGCUUGAACAUGGAGGUCGGCGAUAAGGUCUACUGGUACCUGAUGGGGAUGGGCAACGAGGUGGACAUACAUGGUGUACACUGGCAUGGUCAUAGUGUGGAAUAUAAGCUGGGCGGAGGCCCGCAUACUACUGAUGUCUUCCAGCUUUUCCCAGCCACCUUCCAGACUGUAAAAAUGCGGCCGCAGUACCCGGGCACGUGGAUGCUGCACUGUCACGUGACCGACCACAUCAAGGCCGGCACGGUGGCCACGUACACCGUCAGAGAAAAAGCGGCGAGGAGUAAGUUCCAUGGUUGAGUAUUUGAAGAAAAAGGAUCAGACAUGUUUUAUUUCAGCUUAUUAGAAUGCCUUGGAACACUGGUGAUAACAGUCAUUGGGCAGCAGGGGGCACUCUGACUACAACUAUAAAGAAUCACCUGGAAGUAUCUCAAGUCUAAAGAUGUUUGAAAUGAAUCAAUAGGUAUCUUUUUUUUCCCCUUACCAAAUAAAGUUAAUUUGAAAUAUAAUUUUCUACUUCUGCAGGA